CGCCUGCGCACUCGGAGUAAGAUGGCGGCGGCGGCCCGGCUGGGUUGGGGAGCUGCGGCCCGCGCCGCCGGCUUGCGCAGGCGAUUAUAUGACAUGAUGAAUCCAUACACCAUUAAGAAACAGCCUCUGCAUCAGUUUGUACAAAGACCACUUGUCCCACUAUCUGCAACCUUAUGUAACACAGUGAGACACAUGUUUAUUCAAACACAAGAUACCCCAAAUCCCAACAGUUUAAAAUUUAUUCCAGGAAAACCAGUUCUUGAGACAAGGACCAUGGAUUUCCCCACACCUGCUACAGCAUUUCGCUCCCCUCUGGCUAGGCAAUUAUUUAGGAUUGAAGGAGUAAAAAGUGUCUUCUUUGGACCAGAUUUCAUCACUGUCACAAAGGAAAGUGAAGAGUUAGACUGGAAUUUACUGAAACCAGAUAUUUAUGCAGCAAUCAUGGAUUUCUUUGCAACUGGCUUACCCUUAGUCACUGAGGAAACAUCUUCAGGAGAAGCAGGAUCUGAAGAAGAUGAUGAAGUUGUGGCAAUGAUUAAAGAACUGUUAGAUACAAGAAUACGGCCAACUGUGCAGGAAGAUGGAGGAGAUGUAAUAUAUAAGGGCUUUGAAGAUGGUAUCGUACAGCUGAAACUCCAAGGUUCUUGUACCAGCUGCCCUAGUUCAAUCAUUACUCUGAAAAAUGGAAUUCAGAACAUGCUGCAGUUUUAUAUUCCAGAAGUAGAAGGCGUAGAACAGGUUAUGGAAGAGGAAUCAAAUGAAAAAGAAACAAAUUCACCUUAAAAUAUUUUGAGUUUUCUUUGGGCCCAGCAAUCAGACUUAUUGAUACUAUAUACCUUGCUUUUAUUAUUAACUGCUAAGGAACUGCAGAUUAAUAAAAUAUGCUCUUUCUUCAGAGAAUGAUAUAUAAAUAGUGCAUGUUGGCUUUACCUCCUAUGAGUUAUUUAUAGCAUCCUGAAUCAUUUUCUGUACACAUGGAUUUUAUUCAGGGAUAUUUCUAUUUUUGUUAGUCAUUUUUCAUGGUUAAUUCUUUGCAUAAUGUUUGAAGCAGUUUAAAAUACAUUUUGCCUCAUCUAAUUUAUUUAUUUUUAAAAUACAGAUGUGAAUAGGGAGAAUACUUUAAAAAAUAUUCUAAAUGGCUUAGCUUUUGUGAGAUGUUUGAAACUAUUUUUAAUGAACUUUUUAUCUUGUUGAAAAAAUCCCAACUAAACAAUUCUGGUUUAAAAAUGAUAUGAGGCUGUCCUGGCUGGUCUGGUUCAGUUCUUUGAGCGUUGUCCCAUGCACUGAAAGGUGGCCAGUUCGAUUCCUGGUCAGGGUACAUGCCCACUGUGGGUUUGAGACAAAGAACAAACACACACACACAUGCACACACAAAUCAUAAUGCUGAAUACUGAUGAAAACAAAAACAGAUUCCAGAAUGUAGAAAAAUUUCAAUUAAUUAUAAGACUGCAGGCUGAAUUGAGAAAAACUGCCUUAGCAUGCUCAGGCUUUACCUUUUGAAGCAGAAUCUCUCUGAAAUAAAGAUGAGAAGCUGAUUUGGUCCUUUUACUGGCUUCUGACUCAGAGAGUUAUAGUCUGUGCCAUGCCAGAAAUUUGGACAGUUAUCUCUCUACUAUAGGAGUACUGCUUUUUUAGAUAGCCUACAUAGCAAAUUAUCCUCUCUCCUUUUUCUGUAGUAAUUUAGAGACAACAUUUCACAAACAAUAUCAGGAAAAGAAAGAUGGGUAUAUUGCAUCUCUGGAAUUCUGGUCUCCAAAAGUACAGAGAUUGAGAUGGGGAUGGAAACACGAAGAACGCCAGCAGUUGUGAAUGCCAAGAUUGAAGUUUUCAUUUUUGUCCUUUGAUUCACAGAACCAGAUAGUGAGUUUGGACACUGUAUUUCCUGAGCUAUUAUAGAUGAAUUCAGCUUACACUCUGGGAAUUGCUUUAUAAACUAGGAAUUGACUCAUGCAAUCAUGGAGGCUAGCAAGUCCAAAAUCUGCAGGGUGGGAUAUCAGGCUGCAGACAGGGAAGAGCUGAUGUUGCAGUCCCAAGUCCAGCUCUGCUGGUGAAUUCUUUCCUGCUCUGGAGAGAAAUGACAACUAGAAGCCCUGAUGCAUGGCAAGGAGGAUGCUGAGAACCAUUAGAUUUCACAGGACUAAUCUGGGAAAUGGAGUAGCAUAAAGAGAAAAUAAAUGACACACCAUCAUCACUUUUUAUUUUUUCAAUUCUGUUCAAGACUUUUGAUCAGAGAGAAAAUCCUUCCCAUUUCCUCAGAUGUUUGAGUAAGAACCAAAUGUCCCCAUUCAUUCCUAGUUAUUUCCAAAGGUCCAGCUCAGGCAAAGCUCUGUGUAGAUGGGGUUCAGUCAAACAAAAUGCUUCUAUAUCAGUGUCUGGACUGGCACAUGGUUACAAAGGGCUCUUUGUUUCAGUGGGUUGGUGAGGUUGUUCAAGGUUGGGUUGGUGUGGUGGAAAGGCUGUUCCAUGACGUGACCGCUGCCUGUCCUGUGUGCUAGAGCUGGACCAGAACAGAGGUUGCUUUCUGUAAACCCAACUUCUAGACUGUCUGAAUUGAUAUUCAUUCUGACAUAAAUCAACGCCUCUCUUGCUUCCUGCGAUAUGCUGGUCCUGGAACAGGUUGUUAUCCUGACUUGGUCAAGCAUAUAAUUUCUAGCAUUCACGUACUAGUACCUGGGAUUAUUGCCCACUUUUACCCUAUGUAAUUUUUUGGUAUCUGCCAAUGAAUGGCAUGAGGACCCAUUUUGUCUUGCAGCUACCCAAGACAUGUCUUCUAAGUUUCCUUUUAUAAAUUCUAUUAAUUACUUGA